CCGACAGGGAAUGCGGGACAAGUGUUUGCAUGGGGAGCGCUGUGGGGAGGAAAAGUUUACUCCCUCAUGGGUGCACACAGACUCGGCUGCUGCACGUCCACGCAGCUUCACGCACGUCAUAAAGGAUGACUGGCCAGGCUACAGUUUAGACCUCUUCAGCUAUCCGGCUCACUACUCCGGAGAUUUGGACUGUGUCAUCAUUCCGCAUGGCGUGAUUAUGGACAGGACCGAACGUCUGGCUCGAAACAUCAUGGAUGACUUGGGGGACCAUGACAUUGUGGUGCUGUGCGUGCUGAAAGGAGGCUACCAGUUCUGUGCUGACCUGGUGGACAGGAUCAAGGCUCUUAGCCGCAACUCCAACCGCACGAUCCCCAUGAGGGUCCACUUUAUCCGUCUCAAGAGCUACUUGAAUGACCAGUCGACGGAGGAUCUUCACAUACUCGGAGCAGAAGAUUUGUCUUUUUUAGAUGGAAAGAACGUACUGAUUGUGGAGGCCAUUGUAGGCACUGGCAAGACAAUGAAGACCCUCCUGAAGCACGUUGAAGCCUUCAGGCCCAAAAUGAUCAAAGUAGCAGGACUGCUGGUGAAGAGAGUGCCACAUAAUUCAGCAUGUCUUCCUGACUAUGUCGGCUUUGAGAUACCAAAUCGGUUUGUGGUCGGAUAUGCCUUAGACUACAAUGAGUAUUUUCGGGAUCUAAAUCAUAUCUGCGUGAUCAGCGAAAGUGGAAAGAUGAAAUACAAGAUUUAAAGCAUUUAAAACAAGCGACUGUUGCACACAUGUCAUCUAACAGCAGGCCUGAGCAUUUCCCUGAGAUGGCAUUCAUGCGCAGCUGCUAUCACGACAUGUGAUCUCAAGCAUCCCUGUUUUGUUAUAACAUUCCUUCUAUGAAACUUUAUCCGUUUUAACAAUGGACAUCAACGUCUAACUUGAAAUCUUAGCAAAGCUGCUCUGGCAUUUUUUUAAAGUUACAUUCUUCAUGUUUAUAGAAUUGAUUCACGUGGAAAAUGUUUAGUGCUACUGUUUGCCUUUGUUGGUUUGACUCUUAACACAAACAACAUCUCAGUUUUACUUCAUCUCGUAUGUGAUGUAAAGAACUUGACCUGUAUGGCUGUGUUUUGUUUUGUUUUGUUUUUUUAAGUCAGUGUGUGAUAACAAAGAAAAGGGAGUUGUUUUUUCAUUAGUAAAUUAGUAGUAGAGGUUUACAUGUUCUUCACCUGUUAAUUGCAUUUUUCAUGAGGUAGUUCUGCUGUCACCUUUAAGGCUCAAGGGCAAACAAAGUUCUGUAAACACUAAGUGUACUAACUACCUCCUUUUUUUUCCAUGGAUUUCAGUCAUAAUGGGGUACUUUUGUCAUUUAUGUGUUUCUUUUAAUAAUGUAACAUAUAAGUAAACAUUUCUGUGUUGUGUUUUCUCACAUGUGCAGUGCUCGUAAAAAUUUGUUAAAGUGAUGUCUUGGUUGAGCUCAUAAAAUACAACAACCUUGCGUAUUUACUGCAUACAUAGGCUAAUGAUAGACAAAUGAGGGCUCUGAGUCUUUGAAACAUCAUAUUGAAUUAUACGUUUUAAUAGGUUAAUUUUAUUCAAUCCUGUUGUUGUAUGUGGUGCAUCCAUCUUCAAGAACUCCAAUACUUUUUGUUAACUGGUGUAUGAUUGUAUCUUUCUGGUUUUAGGUUUUUCAGGUUGCCAUUCUCUGGUUAAAAUAAAGAAAAAAGUAGGUGAAACUGCAAA